CUCUCAGCCCAGCGCUGCUCCACUGUGGCCGGCUGGAUACACACCGCCGCCCGCCGCCCGCAGCCUCGCCUCGCCAGCCCGACACGGAUGUAAACUCUCUUGCGCUCGCUCCUCGUUGACUGUAUUCAUCGCUGUGUGUUAGCGACGCUGAGCUGGAGUUGAGAUGAAUAAGGAAGUAAUGUCACGUGUGGUGAAGAAGAGACAGGCGGACCCCAAAGUGGUCCAGUACGUGUGGGAUGCCAUCGAGGUCAUCCGCAACCAGAAGCAAAUCGCCAACAUGGACCGUAUCUCCAAGUAUUUGAGCCGUGUUUUCAGCAUGCACCCCAAGGAGACGGCCAGACAGCUGAGCCUGGCUGUAAAGGACGGCCUGGUGGUGGAGACCCUGACUGUGGGCUGCAAAGGCUCCAAGGCUGGCAUUGAGCAGGAGGGCUACUGGCUGCCUGGUGACGAGAUGGAGCCUCAAGCGGAGGGAAGCAAGGUUGGGGAGGGGGGUCACGCAAACAUCUGCUCUGCUGUGUGUCCUCCACAGGAGUGGGAGGCGGAGAGCCACGACUGGUACUGCUUCCAGUGUCACCUGCCGGGUGACGUGCUGCCCUGCGACAACUGUUUCCGCGUGUUCCACCUCAAGUGUCUGUCGGAGGAGGGCAGGCCCCGAGAUGCUGGCUCCCACUGGCAGUGUGUGGUCUGCAGGGGGAGUAAAAAGAAGAACCUGAAUAAACAGGAGAUGUGCAAAUAUCUGCGCUUCAUCGUCCAGCGAAUGAAGGAGAGGGCUGUGGACCUGAACAAGAAGGGCAAGGACACCAAGCAUCCCAUGUACAGACGACUGAUCCACACUGCGCUGGAUGUCUCCAACAUCCAGGAGAAUUUGUCCGAGGGCAAAUACAAGAACUUUGAGGAGUUCAAAGCCGAUGCCCAGCUGAUUGUUCACAAUACGGCCAUCUUGUAUGGAGUUCACAGUGACCAGGCUGAGAUUGCACGGCUGCUCUUUAGCGACACCUGUCACGAGCUGAACGAGUUGCUGUUGUGUAAGAACUGUUUCUACCUGUCCAACGCCCGCCCUGACAACUGGUUCUGUUACCCCUGUAGUCCAAGUCAUGACCUGGUCUGGGCCAAGAUGAAAGGUUUCGGCUACUGGCCCGCCAAAGUCCUGCAGAGAGAAGACAACCAGGUGGACGUGCGCUUUUUUGGCCACCAGCACCAGAGGGCGUGGAUCCCUUCAGACAACAUCCAGGACAUCAAGGUGAGCGUGCAGCAGCUGCAGGUCAAACGCAGCGGCGGCUGGAAGAAGGCUUGCGAGGAGCUGGAAGUCUACCAGCGCUUCCUGAAGGAGGGACGCUUCUGGAAAACCAAGCUGGAGGACGGCGGCCAGCAGAGCCAGCGGAAGGCGUCGCAGGAUGAGAGCGACAAUUGCGGGAGGACGGAGCAGCCGGAGCGGAACGACGAGGCAGAGUCCAGCAUCUCGUCCACCAGCAAUGAGCAAGUCCGACAGAUGAAAGGCAGCCAGGAGCCAAAAGCCAAGAAAAGUCGUCGAGCUCAACAGUUGGAGCUCAAAGAAGAAGCCAGCGACCCAGAACCCGAGAUGGAGGCGGUUAGCUCCAGUCAGGAGAUCCCCGUGUCAUCGGCGCCACUGCAGCCCGAGAAGUUGUCGGUGUCCACGCAGACCAAGAAGGCCAGCGGGGGGUCGCCUCGCACGCUGCACCGCGGCACGCAGACCGCCUCCGACGGCGCCUGCCAGAACAUGUGCCACGAGAAGUACACUAAGGUCUUCAGCGAUGUCAAGGAGAUGAUGAAGGCCGACAACAAGAGGGAGACGGAGCGAGUGGUCCGAGAAGCUCUAGAGAAGCUGCGUGCAGAGAUGGAGGAGGAGAAGCGGCAGGCGGUGAGCAAGGCGGUAGGCGGGGCCCAGGCGGAGAUGGACAGGAAGUGCAAGCAGGUGAAGGACAAGUGCAAAGAGGAGCUGGUGGAGGAGGUCAAGAAGCUCGUGAGCCAACACAAACAACUCAUCUCGCAGACCAAGAAGAAACAGUGGUGUUACAACUGCGAGGAGGAGGCCAUGUACCACUGCUGCUGGAACACCUCCUACUGCUCCAUCAAGUGUCAGCAGGAGCACUGGCAUGCUGACCACAAACGCACCUGUCGCAGGAAGAGAUGAACUGGCCCACCCACUCCUCACCCUCUCAGCCCACCAUUGGCUCUUGGCCCCUUCCCGUCCUGUUGUCAGUCUGUGUCUGCAACACACUGGCAACACACUGGCGUUCCUUUGUGGCUCCCACUUUUUAAACAUGUUAAUAUUUUUUUAUUUAACGUAAUUUUUCCCGGCUAUAUCUUUUUUUUUAUUAUUUUUUAUUUUUUAUGUAGUUUCUGUCCCAAUUUCUUUCCUCAAGUGUUUGUCUCACAGAAUGCUAUUUAAGUGUGCAGUUUUUAAUUAUUAUUUUUAACAUUUCACGCAGCGGUAAAACACACAAAAUGUGGGGGAAAAAAGACAAUUCGUGGCUGACACAGGCAGCAGCACCUUUUAAAAUAUCUUUAAAUCUGAUCAUUUAUUGGGGACAGGGUCGCUAAGCAAAUCUUUGAUUCUAUUAUUAAUAUUUGACUUUAUUGUGCACAUUGUUGUUAGCGUGCACAACAUUGAUACAAGGCCUAACAAUGAUUUUCUAAUGACUUUUGAAUUGUUAUAUGGCUCCAUUGUAACACUAAGAUAAUCAUGUUUUUUAAAGGUAAACCAAAUGACAACUCUCUUGUUGUUCGUCCAUGGCGUCACCAGGUGGCGCCCUAAACCUCUUCAGCCUUUUUUUUCUCCUCUGUGAUGAAGACCGACUGAAUGGAGGACAAUGACACAUGUAUAUUUUUUAAACGUCGUUACAGCAACUUCUGUAAUAGUGGCCACACUAUUAACUUAAAAGUCUGCUUUUGCUUUUGCUCAUCUUAGCUUCCUGGAAGAGGAGUUGUCAACUUUUUUUAAAAUCAGACUUUGAGGACUGUAACUGUCCACUACGGCGUUUCGUGUCUUCAUGGCGGUUGCACUACAUGUAAAUAAAGUGUCCUGCGUCACGUAUGUACUUUGUAAAUGACUUCACACGUGCUUCAUAUCGGCCUCUCCUGUUGCCAUGACGACCUGCUGCUCUCCUCUUGGUUUCAUGUCUCCACUUUGAACUUUCUCUGAUGAGGACUCUGUCCUCUUCCACCCGUGUCAUUCCAGUGUGCACGUGCAUGAGUAAGACGGCGCCUUUCUCGCAUUCUGGCCUUUUUUGUUUGUCUGAAGACUUAUGCAAUAUGAGCGCCAUUUUUUUUUUAGUAUGGUGAAGCAGAAUGGAUCAUUUUGCAAAAUAAGACUUUGAACUGCCUUUGUAGCUCAUAAUGAACUCAAAAGUUACUCAUCACAUAUUCUGUCCAAACCUUGUUGUUGCUCUAGCUAGCAAUAUGUAUAUAAUCUAUUCUAUGUGCUAACAUGGAGGAAAUAAAUGUAUCAACAAGUCU